AUGAGGACGCCGUGGCAUCGACGCUACUCUACUGAGGCAAACGCACCGCUACCGUUCCAAGCACCGAGACUGAUCGACUCGACGCAGUUUCACGAGUAUCUGAGCACAUCUCCUGCAUUCGACACGUCUCUACCAGCGAGUGCGACCGAGAAGGAUGCAGACCAAGAAGCAGCAGAGCAAACUGCACAUCGCCGCUGGCUGGAGACCAAGACCCGCGCUGAAACAGAUGCUGCCCUGCUCAACUUUAAGCAGUCAGCGACAUACACAAAGGGCGUGAGCCAGCUGCGUCUGGAUUCACGCGAUCUGGAGCCAAUACCGCGAUCACACCCGACGUGGCCCGCUGGUGCACCUCCGCCUCGCGUUGCAGUCGGUGUCUCGGGCGGAGUUGACUCGACAGUCGCCGCCUAUCUACUGAAACGGCAAGGACUCGAUGUCAUUGGGGUUUACAUGAAAAACUGGGACGAGUUGGACGAGACUGGGCACUGCACUGGCGAGCAAGACAUGCGCGACGCGGCGCUCAGCUGUGCAGCGCUGGGUAUCCCCUUUCGCACGGUCAACUUUGUCAAGGAGUACUGGAACGACGUCUUUACAGUGUUUCUGCAAGAGUAUCAGCGUGGACGCACCCCAAAUCCGGACAUUCUGUGCAAUCGCGAAAUCAAGUUUAAGGCGUUGCUCAAUGUCGUCCAAACCUCGUUCGGUGCUCAGUUUCUCGCCACUGGACACUAUGCCGGUGUCAAUCGGUCUGCAUUUGCAAGCGGACUGUCUCCUCAUCCCCAGCUCAUUGAGGCGCACGACAAGGCCAAAGAUCAGACGUACUUUUUGGCUGCCAUCUCGAGUGAGGCGCUGUCUCGCACCCUCUUUCCACUCUACGGGUUGGAGAAGCAUCAAGUUAAGCGGAUUGCACACGAGAUUGGACUCAUCGAGCUUUCUACUAAGAAGGAAAGCGUCGGCAUUUGCUUUGUGGGCAAACGCCGCUUUGACCGUUUCAUCUCCAACUACAUUGCACCACAACCAGGAUACAUUGAAUUGACCGAUGGAACCAUUGUUGGCCAGCAUCAGGGGCACUUUUUGUACACGGUCGGUCAGCAUCGUGGGCUUCCCGGUGGAGCCGAUCAGUUUUGCGUAGUGGCCAAGGACAGCGCUCGCAAUGCCGUCAUUGUGACCAAAGCGAGCGCUAUAUCUCGAGCAUACAAGAUCUUUGGCGACACUGUCAACAAGUCGGGCACGACAGCGGUUCCAGCCAAGCUGGUGGAUGCAAGCAAUCUCGCGGAACCAGACCCGUCCUGCAUGUACUCGCGGUCUAUCGUGGUCAGUGCACCCAGUUGGAUAGCAGGAGUACCACCACUGGAGCUUCAAGGCGGACAAGGCCAACAAUUACGUUGUGGUGCGCGAUUCCGGCAUCGAGCGCCGAUUGUGCCUUGCACCGUGACAUUGCAAUCCGACGAGUCGGGCCAGGCGAGUCCAGUCAAGCUUCACAUUCAGCUCGAUCGGCCAUUCGCUGCAGUUGCUCCCGGCCAGUUUGCUGCGCUGUACCUGGACGGAGUCUGUCUCGGCGGCGGUGACAUUGUCGAAACCGAUGUUUUGCAAAUGCUGAUGGCACAGCAGGCCGAGCGCGAGCUGCACCCCAAACGCGAGAUUGGAUCUGGCAAACGGCGGUUCCCGUAG